CGGCGUCCCCGCUUCCCGCGACACCCGACGGCGACGUUGCAAACCCGAAAUCGGCCGCGGACCGCUUGAGCCCAGCGGGUCGCCGCGCGUCUGUGCGGGCCGUGCAGACCAGCCUGCGGUGGACUGCUGGGUUGAUUUAAAAAUUAAAAUGCCCUCCCCGUGUGAGAACGAUCCGUGCUCUCUGUAGCAGAAAUGCCCCAGAGCGCACAGUGACAGCCAGUCUUCGCCCGCCACCUUUGUAAACGUCCCCUCUGCCUGCCAGGCUCUGCUAUUUUGAGUUAAAAAAGGGAGGAUUCCGAGAUAGUCUCAGUUAACGGGUUUAUUUGUUGUUGUUGAGGGGGUUGUUUGCUUUUUUAAAGCCCUUGUGCACACGUACAGACAUGCUUACAGGAUGUUUUCGUAGAAAUAAGAUGUACUGGCUUUCAGACGUCAACUCUCCAGAGCUAAGUAGAUGAUGCAUAGAUCUAAAUGUGUAUGUGUGUGGGGUCCCCAAACCUAACCUUUAUGUUGUUUUGCUAGAAACUUAGUGUAUAGCCACAAUGUUUGGAUGCAGGGUAUGGGGGGGGGCAACAGUCCAUGGGGAGGGGGAAACCUUAUCCAUGUUUUUGUCCAUCCUGGGAAGAUUUUAAUCUGUCCUGAGUAUUGAGGCCCUGGCCAUGGUUUAUUGAUUCAUCAUGUUCAUUAUCAUCCCCCCCCCCAAAAAAAAAACACAGGAUGUGAAGAGGUAUUACGAAUUGGUAGCAGAUAAAAAGGGGAAAUGAUUUUUGCAGGCUCUGCUAGCUUACACCCUGCUAGUAGUAGUACACUUGUUUUGGUCAGGGGUGUUUCUGAUGUCUGCAGGAGUUUCCCUAAAACACCCUGUGUCAGUUAGGUCCUUUUUGUGGAAGGAACCUAGAAAUCGGUGGGGAAGCCGCUCAGAGAAAAGGUUAGCAAGAGCAGAGAGUAAGAUUUGUAGAAAGGAGUAAGCAAGAAGAGGUACUAAUUAUAAGAGAAGUGAUUUGGUAAGUUGAGGCUGCAUGGUACAGAAACCAGAGUGCUGGGCCAGGACUCAGUACUCCUGACCUCCCAAUGACUGCCCACCUGCUUUGUGUCCCUGCAAAGCGGGAAAAGGUAUUUUCUGGAGGCAGCCUUGCCUCAUCUUUAUAUAGGAAUAUCACUGACCCUUCCUCCCUCACACGGUAGUGAUGUGGAACAAAAUUAACAUGUAUUCAUAUGCAUGUACUGCAUGUUUUAUCAAUUCUGAUAAACAACAGAACACAGUUUUUAUUUUGUUUAGAAAUAUGAGUACUAUUACUACAUUUAGUUGGCAAAGGUUAGAAAAAAAGCAAAGUUUCUAAAGAAAUGAUCUUUGGAUAAUUCCAAAGAUUGAUAAAGAAUACAUUCAUAAAUAUUUUAAAAGACAAGGAUACAAAGUUUACAGAAAUAUUUAAGGUGUCUUUUUUUAAUAAGGUGAAAUUUACAUGGUAUAUAAUGCAUAGAUCCUGAGCUUACUAUUUGAAAAACUUUCUUAAAUGUAUAUGCCUGUGUAACCACUGCCACAAUCAACAUGACAUUUUCUUCGCCCUAGAAAGUUGUCUCUUAACCUUCCCAGUCAGUCUCCACCCUCCUCCAUCUUCCAGGGCGACUGCUGUUCUAAUUUCUGUCCCCAUGGCUUAAUUUUUGCCUGUUCUUGAACGUCAUGUAAAUGGAACAUGUAUCUGCCUUCUUUUGCUCAAAUGAUGUUUUUGAGAUGCAUCCAUGUUGUUGGACUUUAAUUUUUAGGAGUGAACAAAACCGAUUUAAGAAGACGAAAUGACUACAGCUGUAGAGAGAAAGUAUGUUCAUAUUAGAAAAAGAUUGGAUCAGCUGGGAUAUCGCCAGACUCUGACAGUGGAAUGUUUACCUUUAGUAGAAAAACUUUUCAGUGACCUAGUUCAUACAACAGAAAGCCUUCGGCAGUCAAAAUUAUCUGCUGUAAAAGCAGAAAAAGAAAGUGCCAAUUUUGAUUUUGUUUUGGAACCCUAUAAAGUUGAAAAUGGAAGAUUGAGUAGGGAAAAUAAUGACUUAUACCUGGAGUUAAUGAAACUGAGAGAACUCUCAGACCAACACAUUAAAGAGUUGAAAACUACAGUGAAGAAGUGUGCACGUGAAACUGCUGAUCUAAAAUUUCUAAAUAACCAAUAUGUUCAUAAACUCAAACUUUUGGAGAAAGAAAGCAAAGCUAAGAAUGAAAAAAUUCAACAACUUCAAGAAAAGAAUUUGCAAGCUGUAGUACAAACUCCAGGUGGCAAGAAAAGAAAUAUUGCUUUUAGGCGCCAGCGUAUGCAAAUUGAUGAGCCAGUCCCUCCCUCUGAAGUAAGCUCCUAUCCAGUUCCACAGCCAGAUGACCCUUACAUUGCCGACCUCCUGCAAGUGGCUGAUAACAGGAUUCAAGAACUUCAACAGGAAGUCCACCAGUUACAAGAGAAGUUAGCAGUGAUGGAAAGUGGAGUGAGAGAUUAUAGCAAGCAGAUUGAGCUAAGAGAACGAGAGAUAGAACGACUGUCCGUUGCUUUGGAUGGUGGUCGCUCCCCUGAUGUCCUCUCUCUGGAGUCCAGAAAUAAAGCCAAUGAAAAGCUUAUUGCUCAUUUAAAUAUUCAGGUUGACUUUCUUCAGCAAGCUAAUAAAGACCUGGAGAAGAAUAUACAAGAGCUUAUGGAAACCAAGGAAACGGUGACAUCUGAAGUUGUUAAUUUAAGUGAAAGAAAUGAAAAACUCUGCCAAGAAUUAACUGAAAUAGACCAUUUAGCACAACAGUUGGAAAGACAUAAGGAAGAAGUCCUUGAGACUGCUGAUAAAGAACUUGAGGAAGCAAAGAAAGAGAUUAAAAGAAAGCUCUCUGAAAUGCGAGAUCUGGAAGAAACAGUGGCGAAGCUCCAACUGGAAUUAGAGUUAUGCAAUAAAGAAAAGGAUAAGCUCAAUGAUGAACUCCAUAUAAAAUCAGACCUGGAAGCUGUUGUUCAUCAGCUUGAACAAGAAAAGCACAGACUUAGUAAAAAAGUGGAAAGUUUUACAGUUACAGAAAGAGAACUAACUUUGGAAGUUGAGAGGAUGAGACUAGAACAUGGAAUAAAACGUCGAGACAAGUCACCUUCUCGUUUAGAUACAUUUCUGAAAGGUAUAGAAGAAGAACGAGAUUACUAUAAGAAAGAGCUAGAAAAAGUCCAACAUAUAAUACACCGACGAUCUUGCCCUUUAAGUUAUAGUGUGCGUGAAAAAAGUUCAAUAUAUAGAACACCAGAAAAGGGUGAUUACAAUUCAGACAUUCAUCUGAUCACAAGAGAAAGAGAUGAACUUCAGCGUAUGGUAGAAAGAUUUGAAAAAUAUAUGGAGGAUAUACAGUCCAAUGUUAAAUUACUGACAUCAGAAAGAGAUAAACUAAGUGUCUUAUAUAAUGAAGCUAAGGAAGAAUUAUCAGCCCUAAGACAGGAAUCCAGCCGAAGUACAGCCUCCCAUAAUAUUGUUAGUCUUAUGGAAAAGGAAAAAGAACUUGCAUUGUCUGACUUAAGAAGAAUUAUGGCAGAAAAGGAAGACUUAAGGGAAAAGUUAAAAAAUAUCCAGGAAAUGGGUCUUCAUGGAAAGUCAGAAUUAGAGAAAACUAUUGAACAUUUGAAAUAUGUUAAUCAUCAGCUUGAAAGCGAAAAAUAUGAAUUAAAGGCUAAAAUGUUAUUAAUGAAAGAAACAAUAGAGUCAUUAGAGAACAAAUCAAAACUCCAUGCUCAAAAACUUAGCCAUGUAAUUUGUGGUGACUCAUCUCAUCAGAAGGCAGAGGUGAACUCACUUAGGAUGGUAAAUGAGCAGCUACAGCGGUCGCUUGAUGACUAUCAGCAUCGACUUUCCCUAAAAAGAGGUGAACUUGAAUCAGCCCAAGCACAAAUUAAAACACUGGAGGAAAAAAUAGAUAAACUAAACCUUAAGAUGACUUCACAGGAUGAGGAGGCUCAUGUAAUGAAAAAGACAAUAGGUGUUAUUGAUAAAGAAAAAGACUUUCUUCAGGACACUGUAGAUGAGAAGACAGAAAAGAUCGCAAAUUUGCAAGAAAACAUAGUUACUAAAGAAAAAACUAUUGCUCAGAUGACGCUAACAGUCUCAGAGUGUGAAUUAUCUAUGAACCAGCUAAAGGAAACAUUGACUAAUCGAGAACGUGAGAUAGGCAGCCUCCGGCGCCAGCUUGAUUCAGCUCACAAAGAACUUGAUGAAGUAGGAAGAUCGAGAGAAAUAUCUUUUAAGGAAAACAGAAGAUUACAAGAUGAUCUGGCUACAAUGGCAAGAGAAAACCAGGAAAUCUCAUUGGAAUUGGAAGCAGCAGUGCAAGAAAAAGAAGAUAUGAAGAGUAGAGUUCAUAAUUACAUAACUGAGGUGUCACGAUGGGAGAGCUUAAUGGCUGCUAAGGAAAAAGAAAAUCAAGAUUUGUUGGAUAGAUUUCAGAUGCUCCAUCACCGGGCUGAAGACUGGGAGGUGAAAGCCCAGCAGGCUGAGGGAGAAAGCAGCUCUGUUCGGCUGGAACUUCUUUCUAUCGACACAGAGAGGAGACACCUGCGAGAAAGAGUGGAGUUAUUAGAAAAAGAAAUUCAAGAGCACAUAAAUGCCCAUCAUGCUUAUGAAUCUCAGAUCUCAUCAAUGGCAAAAGCCAUGUCUAGAUUAGAAGAAGAGCUGAGACAUCUAGAAGAUGAGAAAGCAUCAGUUUUGAAUGAUCUGUCAUCUCUUAGAGAACUCUGCAUUAAGCUUGAUUCAGGCAAAGAUAUUAUGACCCAACAAUUGAAUUCCAAACACCUUGAGUUUGAGAGGGUUGCAGUGGAAUUAGAAAAUGUAAAAUCGGAAUCAGACCUGUUAAAAAAACAACUGGCAAAUGAGAGACAUACAGUUAAAAACCUCGAAUCAUUGUUGGCUACAAAUAGAGACAAAGAAUUUCAUUGUCAUUUAACCUCCCAUGAGAAGGAUACAGAAAUUCAGCUACUUAAAGAGAAGUUAAGCCUUUCAGAAAGCAAACUAACUACUCAAAGCCGGGAAAAUACCAUGCUUCGAGCUAAAGUGGUACAGUUACAAGCAGAUUUUGAUGCUUUGAAACGACAGAUUUCAGCUGAAAGAUAUGAACGGGAACGAGCAAUCCAAGAGAUGCGCCGCCAGGGUCUUCCCACGCCGCCCUUUAGUUCCACUCUGAGGUCUCCUUCACCUUCUCCGGAUCAUCUAAAUGCGUAGUGAUCACAGAGAAUAAUAGUUUUCAAUGAGUUCCUGUAUAGAUUUUUAAAAGAACAGAACAUUAAUGAAAUAUUUGAAGUAUUUGUUCCUGAAAAUCAUGAACAUUGACACAAAUUCUACCUCAGUCAACUCUUAUUUAAAUCAGUGAAUAUUUAUGUUAAAAGGUUUGGUUUAAAAGAACUGUACCUAUGUGUAUAUUUUCAUAUGUAUGACAGAACAAAAUAUGUAUUAAUAGUGCUUUACUGAUGUUAUCUCUUUAUUUUUAUUCCUGACUUAAAUUACUUCUCAAAGUAUGUUUAUACUGUGAAUUAAUAUAAUGUAUUGUUCACAUUACAUUUUAAUAAUCUGUUUCUUAAUGAGCCAUGAUAUAUAUAUGUAAAUACUUAGUUUUCAUGCCUGUGUUUAUAACCCAUAUCUUAAUGUAUUCACAAAGAAUUAUUAACCUUGAUGCUAUGUUGUCAUGCUUAGCUUUUUCCCUUAAAAUUAUUCACAGAUUUACUGUCUAUCAAGGGGAAUAUAUUUAGAUCUAGUCUUAUUAUUAUAAUCUCAGUGGUCUUGCUAAAAUAAUGAUUACCGUACAUAAUUUGUUAUUGCCAACUAGAAGAACUAUGAUGGGAAAUAUACAUUUAUGUAUUAUAUAUACAGUUUUAUUUUGGUAUCACAUGGACUCUUCAUGUUACACAGAUUCUGUCAAAAUCAAACUAAAACCUAUCUUCAGGGUCUUGUAAAACGAUAGAACAAAAUUUGGGACAUUUUUUAAGUAAAUAAAAUUCCUCAGUGUAUUAAUUUAAAAUGUUAGAGUAUGAAAGCAUAUGAUGGUAAAUAUAGUAAAACAUUUUGUUAAAAUUCCAAUAUACAUUCAAUUUCAAUUUUUUGCUUCUAAACCUGUAUGUUGUAAUUUACCAGUCUUCCAGAAUAGUAUGUAAACACUGCACUAUGGCGUAUAAAUUGAAAACAGCUUUUUACCAUUAAUUUUCAAAGUUGUCAUUUUUAAAAAUUUAGUGUGUACAUAUAUUAAUAAAAGAAUAGAAGCACAAAAUAGAAUGUCAGAUAUAGAAAUUAAUCGUGUUUGAACUAUGCACAUUUGAAGAAAAUCCUGUUCUUAAUAGAUUUUAUUAUGAUUUAAAAAGACUUAAAAACUAACAUAGGAAAGUGAGAUACCAACUACUUAUGAUAAAUUUUAUUUCCUCUUGUGGUUUAAUAAACUGGAGUGUAUAUGUGUACCUGGGGAGGGCAGUGCUCUUUUUCUAAAACUAAUAUGGCUUUUGUGUUUGGGUUAUGCCCUUUGCAAUAAUUCAGUGUGUAUUUGGGUAUGGGCUGGUUUACUUUUCCACCAUCUCUGUAAUUUUGUGUAUCCCAUUUCCCUUGUGUGAAUUCAUGUAUUUAGCAAAGUACAAGAGAACUAGGACUAUUUGCAAUGCCAUAUGGAAAAAGCUUUUAAUAAAUAUAUGUAAAUGAAAUAAAAAAUAUUUGUCCCCACCUUUUCCCCUAAAGCAAGAGCAAGGCAUAUGUUGUUAGAUAUUUUAUUUUUAAUGUUUUCUAUAAUUUAAGAAUGUAUAGCUUGCCAUAAUUGUUAUUUUCAUAACUAUGAUAUAAUUUUUUAAAAAUUAGUUUGAAAGUACUGAAAUGUUCUGACCUUUUAUAAAUGUUUUUAACUUUGUUUUAAAUAAUCUUAAAUUAUGGAGCUUGACGUAGAUUUGCCAAUAAACUUUACAGUCAAUUUAU